GUCAGCGGGGCUAGAAAAGGCGGCGGGCCGGCCCGGCGGGGUGACAGCCGCCCCGGGACGCGGAGCCGGCCCGACGUCGCCAUGAGCGCCGCGCUCUUCAGCCUGGACGGCCCGGCGCGCGGCGCGCCCUGGCCCGCGGAGCCCGCGCCCUUCUACGAGCCGGGCCGGGCGGGCAAGCAGGGCCGAGGCGCCGAGUCGGGCGACCCGGGCGACCCGGGCGCCCCCGGCCCCGCCAUGUACGACGACGAGAGCGCCAUCGACUUCAGCGCCUACAUCGACUCCAUGGCCGCCGUGCCCACGCUGGAGCUGUGCCACGACGAGCUCUUCGCCGACCUCUUCAACAGCAACCACAAGGCGGCCGGCGCGGGCGGCGCGGGCGCCCUGGAGCUGCUGCCCGGAGGCCCCGCGCGUCCCCAGGGCCCCAGCCCCGCCGCGCCGCGCCCGCUCAAGCGCGAGCCCGACUGGGGCGACGGCGACGCGCCCGGGUCGCUGCUGCCCGCGCAGGUGGCCGCGUGCGCGCAGACCGUGGUGAGCCUGGCGGCCGCGGGGCAGCCCACGCCGCCCACGUCCCCCGAGCCGCCGCGCGGCAGCCCCGCGCCGACCCCCGCGCCCGGGCCCGCCCGCGAGAAGGGCGCCGGCAAGAGGGGCCCGGACCGCGGCAGCCCCGAGUACCGGCAGCGGCGCGAGCGCAACAACAUCGCCGUGCGCAAGAGCCGCGACAAGGCCAAGCGGCGCAACCAGGAGAUGCAGCAGAAGCUGGUGGAGCUGUCGGCCGAGAACGAGAAGCUGCACCAGCGCGUGGAGCAGCUCACGCGGGACCUGGCCGGCCUCCGGCAGUUCUUCAAGCAGCUGCCCGGCGCGCCCUUCCUGCCGGCCGCCGGGGCCGCCGACUGCCGGUGACGCUCGCGGGCCGCGGAGACUCGCAACGACCCAUACCUCAGCCCCGCGGGCCGCGACGAGCGCCGCCGGGCGCCGGCCGCAGUUUCUGUGGGACACACGGGCGCAAGGAAGCUACAGCCUGGACUCACCGCCACUGAACUGCGAGAGAAGCUAUUCGUGGUUGUUUCCCCUUAAAUUAUUUUUGUAACGGUGGCUUUUUCUACAUCUUAUUCCUAUACAUGCAGCUAAGGUACAUUUGUAAAAAAAAAAAAAAAAAAAAAGACCUCAGAGGGCCCUUUGUAUUGUACA